CCAUAUUCGAAAUCGUCGUCGGGGAUGUUGUCAUACUCAAGAUUGGCGAUUCCGUGCCGGCGGACGGGGUAUUCCUUGAAGGGCAUGGCCUGCAGGUGGACGAGUCCAGCAUGACCGGCGAGCCCCAUCCGAUUGAGAUCGACGCCGAGAAGAGCCCCUUCCUCACCGCUGGCGUUAAGAUCAUCGACGGCUACGGCCGGAUGCUCGUUACCGCCGUCGGCAUCGACACCUUGUGGGGUGAGAUGAUGAGCAGCAUCACCAAGGAGACCACCGAGCCGACGCCGCUCCAGGAGCGCCUCGAGGGCCUCACCUCGAGCAUCGGCAAGAUCGGUGUCGCCGUUGCGGUGCUCGUCUUCACCGUGCUCACCGCGCGCCACUUCACAGGCAGCACAAAGGACGACCAGGGGAAGCCGCUCUUCGACAAGGGUCAUGUCACCUUCGACGCCGUCUUCAGCGCGCUCGUGGCUAUAUUCCAGCAGGCCGUAACCAUCAUCGUCGUCGCCAUCCCAGAAGGCCUCCCGCUUGCGGUCACGCUCACGCUCGCAUUUUCCAUGAAGAGGAUGGUGAAGGAGAACGCGCUGGUGCGCCGCCUGUCAGCGUGCGAGACGAUGGGUUCCGUCACGGCCAUCUGCACUGACAAGACUGGAACGCUCACUCUGAACCAGAUGAAGGUGACCGAGUUCUGGGUCGGCACGGAGCAGCCUAGAGCCACCACGGCGAUCGCAGGGAGCGUUAUGAGCCUGCUCUGCCAGGGAGCUGGGAUCAACACCACCGGAAGCGUGUACAAACCAGACAACGUGUCGCCGCCGGAAAUAUCGGGCAGUCCUACGGAGAAGGCGCUGUUGUCCUGGGCCGUGGCGGACCUCGGCAUGGACACGGAUGCGUUGAAGAGGAGCUGCAAGGUGGUGCAUGUUGAGGCGUUCAACUCCGACAAGAAGCGCAGUGGCGUGAUGAUUAGAGACAACGCCACCGGUUCGGUGAUCGCGCACUGGAAAGGCGCCGCCGAGAUGGUCCUGGAGAACUGCUCAAUGUACGUGGACACGGACGGAGCGGCGCGCGAGCUCGGCAUGGAGCAGAGGAAGAACCUCGAGAAGGUCAUCAACGACAUGGCGGUCGGCAGCCUCCGGUGUAUUGCAUUCGCCUACAAGCAAGUCAACAGCGAGCAAACAAAGAUUGACGAUGAGGGGCUGACAUUGCUGGGCUUCGUCGGCUUGAAAGACCCAUGUCGGCCAGAGGUCAAAGCGGCCAUUGCAGCUUGCACGAAGGCCGGCGUCGCCGUCAAGAUGGUCACCGGAGACAACAUCCUCACAGCGCGCGCGAUCGCAAAGGAGUGCGGCAUCAUAUCCAGCAACGACCCCAGCGGCAUCGUCAUCGAGGGGCACGAGUUCCGCGCCAUGUCGCCGGAGCAGCAGCUCGAGGUCGCAGACAACAUCCGCGUCAUGGCUCGGUCCCUGCCGCUGGACAAGCUGGUGCUGGUGCAGCGGCUGAAGCAGAAGGGCCACGUGGUUGCCGUGACUGGCGACGGCACCAACGACGCGCCCGCACUCAAGGAGGCCGAUGUCGGGUUGUCCAUGGGCGUCCAGGGCACCGAAGUGGCCAAGGAGAGCUCCGACAUCAUCAUCCUCAACGACAACUUCGACACGGUGGUGACGGCCACACGGUGGGGACGAUGCGUCUACAACAACAUCCAGAAGUUCAUCCAGUUCCAGCUCACCGUCAACGUUGCCGCGCUGGUCAUCAACUUCGUGUCGGCGAUCACCACGGGCAAGAUGCCACUGACCACCGUGCAGCUCCUGUGGGUGAACCUGAUCAUGGACACGAUGGGCGCGCUAGCGCUGGCCACAGACACGCCCACCAAGACGCUCAUGGACCGUCCACCCAUUGGCCGCACUGCGCCGCUCAUCAGCAACGCAAUGUGGCGCAACCUCAUGGCGCAGGCAGCGUUCCAGAUCGCCGUGCUGCUGGCGCUCCAGUACCGAGGCCGGGACGUCUUCGGCACCGACGACAAGGCCAACGGCACCAUGAUCUUCAACGCCUUCGUCCCCUGCCAGGUGUUCAACGAGUUCAACGCGCGGGAGAUCGAGAAGAAGAACGUCUUCGCCGGGGUGCUCAAGAACAGAAUGUUCCUAGUCAUCAUCGCCGUCACGCUCGUCCUGCAGGUGGUCAUGGUGGAGGUGCUCACGAGGUUCGCCGGCACCAAGAGGCUGGGAUUGGGGCAGUGGGGCGUCUGCCUUGCCAUCGCCGCCGUGUCGUGGCCCAUCGGCUGGGCCGUCAAGUUCAUCCCCGUGCCGGACCGGACUCUCCAUCAGAUCUUGACACGCCGGAAAUCGUCAUAACUGAUAGUACUGCAUUGUUUCAUAGUAUUUCGCAUACACUAGGGUCCAAUUCUUUCAUACUAGUGUACAUUGUUUUAGACAUCAUCCGUCGAAUCUUAUGUAAUUAGUAAAUAUACGU